AUGCCGACCGCAAUAGCCAAAGUUGGAGAUCUGGUGCUGGCUGAAGCUGACGCCUGGGAAACGGUUGAAGGGAAUGUAUACUUUCCGCGCUCCGCUAUUAAAGAUCUGGAUACUUUCCAGAGUUCUGACACGAAGACGUUCUGCCCGUGGAAGGGUGAGGCAGAGUAUUAUUCGGUAAAGACCGGCGACGCUGUCAUCCAAGAUGCUGCCUGGUAUUACGCAAACCCGUACGAAAAGGCGAUGAAUAUUAAGGAUCAUAUCGCAUUCUAUAAGUCCAAGGUGCAAGUCACUGUGGAGUGA